ACUUAGUCAAACUGAGGAAACCAGUGAUAUAGAAAUACAAAAUAUGGCAAAGAAAAAGGAAAAAGAGGAAAGGAAACUUUUAGAUAAUGAAGACAUCCAUUCAGUUUAUUCUGUUGGAAGUGAAGAAUUUGAACAUGCAGAAUGGAGGAAAAAUGAAGAAUUAAAAAAGAUUCUUGAUCUUGAAUUUCAAAAUGAUAACAAAGAAACGUUCAAAUUAGAAGAAAAAGUACUCAACAGACAAACAAAAAAAGAAGUAGUUAGAGUUACACCACCAGGGUUUACUGCAGAACAAUUAAAAAACAGGGGUGAACAUGUAGUUAGGGUAAUUGGCAUUCCUCCUGAAAUGACCCCAGUAGAAUUAUAUAAUGGAUUAAAUUAA